UUGUUAUUUCUGUUGACUUGACUUUGGACCGAGAUGCAUGUCUUAGCGAGAGGUACCAGGAAUAUUUGCUAAUCUUGGGAAUAUUAAAACCGCGGAUAUUUUUGGACAUCAUGCAGAAAUCUUGAAAUGAGAGUGUGAGAUGAUAUCACUUCCGAAAGUGAGGAUAACUACCACUGCCUCAUUGAUGAAUACGAGCAGAACGGCUCCCAGGAAUAGCUGCUGCUGCUGCAUUCAUAAACACUUCUUUAGGACUCACAACAACCCCUGAGCUUUGUUUUGGGGUCACAGAAUAUCACAUUUUCCUGUUGUGCACGUGAGUUGACAAUGGCUGAAAAAGGUAAAACGAAUGUAGGCCAUCUCGACGGAGUUGUCAGGCUCCGAGAGGAACACGAGAAGGUGGUGAAAGACUGUGAAAGCCGCAUUCAGCACUGGAAGAAGGUGUCGGGUGACUAUGAAGCUCUGAAUGAACGUCUGCAAACUCUUCCAGACCAGCUGUCUUAUGACAUCAUGGUGCCCUUUGGCCCUUUGGCCUUCAUGCCCGGUAAGCUGGUGCACACCAACGAAGUCACCGUGUUGCUCGGUGACAACUGGUUCGCCAAGUGCUCUGCCAAACAGGCUCAGAAGAUUGUCGAGCACAGGACGAAAUAUGUGAAGAGCGAACUAGAUGACCUGUCAAAGACGGUGAAAAACUUUGAAGCCAGAGUUGGGUUUGCGAAGGAUUUUGAAACCAUGUCAGCUAGUAAAGGGGACUAUGUUGACAUUAGAGAAGCGACUGGAAACAACACUGCUGUCACCAAAGGAAAGCAAAGAAUAGCACAUAAACCGAAUUCUAAGCCCAAGUCGGAUGCUGUGUUGGAUCUCGAAGAGGAGGAUGAGGAGAAGGAAGGAGAGGGCAGAGAUGGAGGAAGCAGAAAAGGCAUAAUGACGGAGGAGGAGUUGUGGGCUCGACUGGAUGAACUUGAGAAACUGGAGGAGCUGCAAGAUGAGCAGGACAGAAUAUCUGAUAAUGCAGACAUGAACGGCGAGGACACAUCAUCCUUUUCCUCAGAGGAGGAGAAGGAGGGAGAUGCUGCACCUCCUAUAAACGGACUGAAUCUGAAGCCCAGCUGGACCUCUGUGCCUCAGAGUAAAGCACCAGCCAACGUAGACAGGAAAGAGGAUGAAGACGAUGAGGAUGAGGAAGGCAGCUGUUUGCCUACCAUCUUUUUCUCUCACACAGUCGAACCCAAGAAGGUGAGGAUAAACACAGGAAAAAACACCACAUUGAAGUUUAGUGAAAGGAAAGAACAGAAGGAGCACUCGAAGAGGAAAAAGAAAAAUGGUCACAAUAACGGACACUCCCAUCACGAGCUUCACAAAAUCACAACACCAGCAGACAUUUACAGGUUGUUUGUGGAUGUGAAGAACGGGGAACCCAUCCCCAGGAAGUCCAUCCUGAAGUCACGCAGCCGAGAGAACAGUGUGUGCAGCGACACGAGCGAGAGCAGCGCGGCGGACUUCGAAGAGCGCCGGAUGGUUGGACGCAGCUUCAGCCACGAUGAGGCGACGCACAGCGACACCAGUGAUGGCAUAACGGAGGAGGACAGUCCCACGGCAGUCCCACUGAACCACGCCAGCAGAUUUGAGGCGUUUUCAGGUACAGUGAUAGAGAAAGACCCGAUGCCUUCGGCUGUCCCCCACCUGACCAUCACUCCCCCAGCUUUGCCGACCAUACUGGAGAGGAAACAGGAGGAGGUGGUACCUGACGCUCCCCCACCCCAGGAAGUCCCAAAAAGGGUGUCCAAGUUUAAAGCUGCCAGGCUGCAGCAGAAGUGACUGUGAACGAGCGGAUAUCCGUAUUUCAGAAUAACUCCUUGUUUGUUGUAAAGCCUUUGUUUCCUUUCUGCAGCUGAUGAACCGGACAAAACCACAGACCAUCCACUUCUUUGAUUUCUUUCACGCCAUACACGGUCUCUGUCAUUGAGUAGGACUGUUCAGUGAGAAAAAGCACAACAAUGUUUAAUAAAUAAGCUUUGUGUGUCACGCUGUUUUUUGCUCCAAACACUGGUGAAUGCAGUCUCCUUGAUUUAUCUGCUCCUACAGUAUAAAUGGCACUUAACAGUUGUCCAACUUUCCGUGGGGCCUGUUUAAAUCGAUGACUGUCUGUCACGCGUUUAGCUGUCUUUUGCUUUUCUGUAGAUCCAUACUACUGCCACUUUAGGUAAGACACUAUGCUUUGUGAUGAGUUGCCUUGUUUAUUUCUUUUUCCAAGUAUUGAUCAUUAACAGAAUCUUGACCUUCCUAAUGAAUGUACGUAUUCCUUUGUGACCAGCUUUAUGUAAAGACAAAAAAAAAAAUCCUCCUUGACAAAAACUUAAAGGAAAAUAAAUGAUUUUGGCUACAA